UUUUUUUUUUUUUCUUUUUCUGUUAUCAUAAUGGGUUUAUUUAGUGCUCUUGAUACCAUAGUCCAUGGUGGAGUUGCUCAACCAGAAUCAUAUGAAAAGAAACAAAACUAUGAAUUUGCUGAAGAACUAGGUGCUGGAACUUUUGGUUCGGUCAAAAGAGCAAAACGUAUAUUUGACAAAAAGGAAGUGGCCAUUAAAGUGAUUCCAAAAAAGAUUGUGAAAGGACAUUAUGAUAUGGUAUUUGAUGAAAUGAAAGUUUUACAAAAAUUGAACCAUCCUAAUGUUAUUGGGUUUUAUGAUUGGUUUGAAUCAAGAGACAAGUUUUAUUUGGUAUUUGAAUUAGCUACUGGUGGUGAACUCUUUGAACGAUUAUUUGAAAGAGGAAAAUUUACUGAAAAGGAUGCUGUAUUGGUCAUAAAAUCUGUCUUAACGGGUCUUGAAUACCUUCAUGCACACGAUGUGGUUCAUCGAGAUAUGAAGCCUGAAAACUUAUUAUUCAAGAAUAGUGAUAGUGAUGCUGACCUUGUUAUAUGUGAUUUUGGAAUUGCCAAGGCUGGUGAUGAAGAUAGUUCUUUAAAUACUGUAUGUGGUUCUCCUGGUUAUGUCGCUCCUGAAGUCUUGUUACGAAAAUCUUAUGGAGCUCCUGUUGACAUGUGGGCUAUUGGUGUAAUUACUUAUACAUUACUCUGUGGAUAUCAACCUUUUCAAGCGGAAGAUCAAGUAGAAUUAACAGAUGAAAUCACCCAUGCGAGAUACGAAUUCCAUGAACGAUAUUGGCGUAAUGUAUCUCAAGAUGCCAAGGAUUUUAUUCGCCAGCUUUUACAGUUAGAUCCCAGCAAACGACCCACAGCAACGGAAGCUUUGAAGAACAAAUGGAUGACCGGCAAUGAAGCAUUGGAUGUAGAUAUUUUGGAUACAGUUCGUGAGAAUUUCAACGCUAAACGUAAAUUCAAAAGUGCGGUACGUGCGGUCAAGGCAAUGAAUAGGAUGCGUUCUGGCAGUACUUCCACUUCCACUUCCAAUGGUGUCAAGGAUAUCUCUUCUCUUGUUUCUGCUCUUGGUACUAAAACAAAUUCUACCAAUCCUCCUGCUGUUGCCAAUUGAUCCUAUUCUCAUUUUUAUUUUUUAUUUUGAUUAUUGUUAUUACUAUUAUUAUUAUCAUUAUUCUUAU